AUUCUGGUAUUGUCACUUCCACAGCAUCAUGAAGGUCCUGCUGGUUGUGCUUCUGGCCGGAGCGGCCUCCGCCUUCGUGGAGAGGCCCGAGUGGGAGGCCUUCAAGCUGAAGCAUGGCAAGUCCUACGCCAACCCCAUCGAGGAGUUCUACAGGAUGAAGGUGUACGCCGACAACAAGGUCAAGGUUGCGCAGCACAUGAAGGAGUACGCCGAGGGAAAGCACACCUUCACCCUGGCCCUCAACAAGUUCGCCGACCUGACCUCGGAUGAGUUCGCCCGCGGCUUCAAGGGACUGAAGAUCGGCAGCACCGUUCCCCACAAGAUGCACCAGGUGUCUGGCAAGGUGAACGCGGCUGAGGUGGACUGGCGCGGCUCUGGUGUGGUGACCGACGUCAAGGACCAGGGCCAGUGCGGCUCGUGCUGGUCGUUCUCUGCCACCGGCUCGCUGGAGGGUGCCUGGGCCCUGGCCGGCAACUCGCUGGUCUCGCUCAGCGAGCAGCAGCUGGUCGACUGCUCCACCGCCUACGGCAACGCCGGCUGCAACGGCGGCUGGAUGGACUCGGCCUUCGAGUACAUCCGUGACAACGGUGGCAUCGAGGCCGAGGCUGCCUACCCCUACACCGCUCGCGACGGCCACUGCAAGGCGGUUGGAAACAACGUCGCCACCCUCUCCAGCUACGUCGACGUCCGCUCUGGCAGCGAGAGCGCUCUGCAGGACGCCGUCGCCAACGUCGGCCCCGUGGCUGUCGCCAUCGACGCUUCCCACUUCUCCUUCCAGCUGUACUCCGGCGGUGUGUACAACGAGGCUCGCUGCUCCAGCAGCCGCCUGGACCACGGUGUGCUGGCCGUCGGCUACGGCACUGAGAACGGCCACUGGCGCGGCUCUGGUGUGGUGACCGGCGUCAAGGACCAGGGCCAGUGCGGCUCGUGCUGGUCGUUCUCUGCCACCGGCUCGCUGGAGGGUGCCUGGGCCCUGGCCGGCAACUCGCUGGUCUCGCUCAGCGAGCAGCAGCUGGUCGACUGCUCCACCGCCUACGGCAACGCCGGCUGCAACGGCGGCUGGAUGGACUCGGCCUUCCAGUACAUCCGUGACAAUGGUGGCAUCGAGGCCGAGGCUGCCUACCCCUACACCGCCCGCGACGGAUACUGCAAGGCCAACGGAAACAACGUCGCCACCCUCCGCAGCUACGUCGACGUCCGCUCCGGCAGCGAGAGCGCUCUGCAGGACGCCGUCGCCAACGUCGGCCCCGUGGCUGUCGCCAUCGACGCUUCCCACUUCUCCUUCCAGCUGUACUCCGGCGGUGUGUACAACGAGGCUCGCUGCUCCAGCAGCCGCCUGGACCACGGUGUGCUGGCCGUCGGCUACGGCACUGAGAACGGCCAGGACUACUGGCUCGUCAAGAACUCGUGGGGCGCCAGCUGGGGCAUGGACGGCUACAUCAAGAUGACCAGGAACUCCGGCAACCAGUGCGGCAUUGCCACCUCCGCCUCCUACCCCGUCGUCUAGACGCAGUUUCAAGGUAGCUUGAAGGGCUAAAGUUCAGUGUGAACUUGACAGCGUUUCGCUUGGAAACUCAGGAUUUAGAAGCCGAUGCAUUCUGUUGAUAUGUUAACCCUAUAUUUGACUCCUUGGCUUACAAAACUAUGCCGAAUACACUUCUAAAAGAUCAAAA